CACGCGCCCGGCUCUGCACCCUCCUCUGUCGACGCGGCUUCGGAUACCGGUCGGGCAAGAUGCGGUCUUCGCUGGCUCCGGGUGUCUGGUUCUUCCGAACCUUCUCCAGGGACAGCUGGUUCCGGGGCCUCAUCCUGCUGCUGACCUUCCUCAUUUACACCUGUUAUCACAUGUCCAGGAAGCCCAUCAGUGUUGUCAAGAGCCGUCUACACCAGAAUUGCUCAGAGCUGAUCAACCCCAUCAAUGACACCCACAGUCUCAAUGACACCACGUGGUGCAGCUGGGCUCCAUUUGAUGAGGAAAACUACAAGGAGUUACUGGGUGCUGUGGACAACGCCUUUCUUGUGGCCUAUGCCAUCGGCAUGUUCAUCAGUGGGAUUUUUGGGGAGCGGCUCCCGCUCCGUUACUACCUUUCAGCUGGAAUGCUGCUCAGUGGCCUUUUCACCUCACUCUUUGGCCUAGGAUAUUUCUGGAACAUCCACAUGCUCUGGUACUUUGUACUCAUCCAGAUCUGCAACGGGCUUGUCCAGACCACAGGCUGGCCCUCCGUGGUGACCUGCGUUGGCAACUGGUUUGGGAAGGGAAAGCGGGGACUCAUCAUGGGCAUCUGGAAUUCCCACACAUCUGUGGGCAACAUCCUGGGCUCCCUGAUCGCCGGUAUCUGGGUGAAUGGGCAGUGGGGACUGUCAUUUAUCGUGCCUGGCAUCAUUACUGCUGCUAUGGGCAUCAUCACCUUCCUCUUCCUUAUCGAACACCCAGAAGAUGUGGACUGCACCCCUCCUCAGCACCAUGGCAGGCCGGUUGAGGACCAGGACAACGCGGAGGGCCCUGGGAAUGGUCCCUAUUCUAGCAGGGAGAGUGGCCUUGAGACUGCAGCCAGGUGCUCUAAGGAGCCAUGCGAAGAGCCUGCUGCCAUCAGCUUCUUUGGGGCCCUCCGGAUCCCGGGUGUUGUCGAGUUCUCUCUGUGUCUGCUCUUUGCUAAGCUGGUCAGUUACACCUUCCUCUACUGGCUGCCCCUCUACAUCUCCAAUGUGGCUCACUUUAGUGCUAAGGAGGCUGGGGACCUAUCUACGCUCUUCGAUGUUGGUGGCAUCAUAGGUGGCAUCAUGGCUGGGCUCAUCUCUGACUACACCAGUGGCAGGGCCACCACUUGCUGCAUCAUGCUGAUCUUGGCUGCUCCCAUGAUGUUCCUUUACAACUACAUCGGCCAGAAUGGGAUUGCCAGCUCCAUAGUGAUGCUGAUGAUCUGUGGGGCCCUGGUCAAUGGCCCUUAUGCACUCAUCACCACUGCAGUCUCUGCUGAUCUGGGUACUCACAAGAGCCUGAAGGGCAAUGCCAAGGCCCUGUCCACUGUCACAGCCAUCAUCGACGGCACCGGUUCCAUAGGUGCGGCUCUGGGGCCUUUGCUGGCUGGGCUCAUUUCUCCCACGGGCUGGAACAAUGUCUUCUACAUGCUCAUCUCCGCUGAUGUCCUGGCCUGCUUGUUCCUCUGCCGGUUGGUGUACAAAGAGAUCCUGUCCUGGAAGUCAUCCCUGAGUAGAGACAGAGGCUCUAGUCUGGUCCUAACCCACCCGCGAUAA